AUGGAUCCUGCCAGUAUUUCGGGCCUGGCGAUGGCUGGCCUGACCCUUCCAGCUCAAGUCUUUACUAGCGGCGCUAUCACGUAUACAACAAUUUCCCAAGUGCGGACUAUGGGUAAUUCCCUUGGCAAACAUUACUGGCGCUUUAAGAUCCAAGAAAACCGUUUCAUCUUUUGGGGGAUGUCCCACAAAGCCUGUAGCCCGGGUGGUCUUGAUCCUAAUCAUAUGCCGAAGCUUAUAUUUGAGUCGGUGGUCAACACUCUCAUUCAGAUCAAUGGGCUGUUAGGAGAUCGAGACAAGCUCUGUGAGAGAUAUGGAUUGCAGGAAGUGGGCGAGGUGCGACAUAUUGAGUUAUCGGUCAUCAAAAGAGAAUCAAUGAGGCAACAAAAUAUGGUCAAACGGCUUCAGAAGAGCAGUUCGCUCCUCCGAAAAGUCCAAUGGGCAGUCAAGGACCAGAGCAGAUUCUCAGACCUGGUUCAGGAAUUGACCGAAUUUAACAACACUCUCUACGAAAUGCUCCCUGUGCUGGGAGGCGCGGUUCUUGAGGGCCCCAUUAUAGCCCAAACACUUGCGGACGAGCUCGUCAAUACAGGCAGCUUGAGGGCCGCUGAUGGCCUUCUACAGACGACGGAUAUUGGGUUGUCAGACCUAAGGCAAACAUAUAUAGCGAUGAGCUCGGCUUUGAGACGUGACAGCGCAGAGGCAUUUACAUUAUCCGGCCAACCUACUCCACCCUCUCCGCAUCUACUCCUUGAUGUUCAGUAUCUAGAAUUUCCAGAUCGGAUAUCGAUUCCAAACCCAGCUCCGGAUCUUCGUUCAUGGGCACGACCACGGCAGAACAACCCCUUCUCUAGCGCGGAUUUUAUGGUGGUUGAGUGGCUCCGCUAUGACUUACGACGCAACAGAGCAGAAGACGUGGACUUGAGAGCAAUUCUACAAGCUCGAAUUGAAGCAUUGGCGCAAAUGCUAAAAGAAAAACCCAGAUCCGAUUCUUUUCGAGUUCUCAAUUGCGUAGGCUACGUUGAAGACAAUACCGACAGCAGGUUUGGCCUUACAUUUCGCUUUCCCAAUAUUUCGAGCGGACAGCAAGUCUCAGUGCCGCGGUCGCUCUACGAGACUAUAACCAAAUACCCCUAUAAUACGCCUUAUCUCGGUGACCGUUUUCGUCUUGCCUAUCUCUUGGCUGAAUCUGUCCAUGCUUUCCUCGCAACUGGGUGGCUGCACAAAAGCAUAUGUUCCUAUAACAUCCUCCUUUUCCCUGGCAACUCACAAGUAUCUCAAGGCAAUUGCCAACACCCGGUCUCCCUGGAUAAUCCUUAUUUUACCGGCUUCGCUUUGUCGCGUCCUGACGACCCCAAUGUUGACUCUUCCCGUAGUGCUGCUGGAGCUAAAAUGGCAAUAUAUCGACAUCCGCAAGUGCAAGGUUUUGGAGGCAAGGAGAUUGUGACUUACCGUGCUAUACACGAUAUUUAUAGCCUGGGCACUAUGCUUUUAGAGAUUGCAACCUGGCGUACUAUGUCCAGAUAUUACCCCAGCAGCCCCCCGCCAGGGUAUGAUUUCAAGGCAUUUCUUCUGGAGAAGGUAGUACCAGGCAUCGGCGUGUCAAUGGGUGAGCGAUAUAUGACGGCGGUCAGGAAAUGUCUCGAUGGAAGUUUCGAGAAACUCGAUGGAUUUAGUCAAGACGAGUACGACUCCGCAGACUAUAAGGAAAAUCUGCGCCAGGGCUUUUUCUGGGAGGUCGUGAGUAUUCUGCGAGACUGCCGUGCCUAA